AUGAUCUAUAGAAUGAUAUAUCCGUUAACUGUAAACUCUGUCAUGUCCUGUGUGACAUUUUUUGUGGCGUUGAAGUUAAUUUCAGGUAUGAAAUUGCUGUUCCUUAAAGCUGGGCUAUGCGGGAAAGACCUCAACAAGAAAGACAACAAGGAGAAAGUGUAAGUCUUGAGAGAUCUUAUUUCGGGGCUUGGGCUGAUAAGUAAUGGAGAUCUAGAGGUUAUCACAAGAGUAUAAUUCCAGACGCUGUAUUCCUAUGGCUGACUCAUGUUGCAUGGUGAUUUGCCAUGCAAUUAAUCAGUCGUACUCCAAUUCAAACAAUACGAGUACUUGUUAUUAAAUCACUGUCUAUCCUCGUGAUUAGAGAGUGGAACAGUUUUUUUUAAGGUGACUCCGAAGUUUUUACUUAAUUAUCAUAGCCUUAUUGUAAUCUAUAUUUGCUGUAAAAGCUUUUUUUGUAGAUUUCUGUUCAUCAAUAAAUUAAUACAAUUUUUGGUAAUACAGCUGUGUUGAUCUUUGUCAAAAAUCAAAACACUUUAGUCCAAAUUAUUCUUCCUUUAAUAAUUCUGCGUCUUUAACCCCCCUUUAGUAUUCAGAGAUGCUUAUGGGUACUCUUCAGUAUUCACUGCAUCUGGCUCUUGAUAAGUGAUUGAUAUCUUGGAAUUAAGAUGGUGAAAAUUCUUUGUUACUAUGGAUGUUACUAAUGAAAGUAAUCCUGAAAAGGUCAGUUGUUGGCAGCAUUGACAGUCACUACUACCAAAAACAGUUCCUUUCAGGACCAUUUCACCUGCACAGUUGGAUUACAUGAUCAACUGUUGCUUCAGUGUUUCAAUCAUUUAUUUUAUCAAUGUUGCUACCAAAAACUGUUGUCGAUAUUUUUUAUCAAGACAUGGUUGCUCAAAAGGUGGAUAACACAAUCCACUGGAUAAAUCCAUAUCGAGUGGAUAGCUCAGUAUGUUUUGUUAAAAUUUAUAUGCUGGAUAACGAUUUAUCCAUUGGAUAGCAUUAUUCACCCUUUAUACAACUGUACCCAAAUGUUUAUUAAUAAUGUACAUGUAUGUUUUAAUUCCACAGCGCAGAGGGUUUAGGAGUUGUUAGUGGAGCAGUAUUUCUUAUUACGAUGUUUUUAUUCAUCCCAAUCCCUUUUCUCUCUAUUUGGUUUGAGAAAGGUGAUUAUGAUUUUCCACAUCAUGAGGUGAGUUUAUCUCAUAAAAGUGAGGGUAUAAGUAGCUUCUCCUGCGUAUAAAAACAUUGUAUCUAUGAAACAUAUGUUUGAGCAGGUUAUGCAAUUAAGAGGAAUCAUGUGUCAAGCUGUUUGACUUUAUUACCACUGUUCUGUUACUGAGAAUUACGGAAAAUUGUUUGGUCAAAAUUUGUCUUAAAACUUGCUUCUUGAUCCUCACAACUGUGAAGAUUUGAAAACCAAAUUUCAAGUAAAGACUGUUGAUUCUCCCAGUUGUCCAGUGCUGUUUGAGAUUUAAUCACAGUCUACAAAAAAAUGGAAUUGAAUUUUUGAGGUUCUUUAUCUUGCAAGGUUCUUUACCUAAAUGUAGUUUAUUUUAACCAACAUUACUGUUCCUUAAAUAGUUUGUCAUGUUCAUCACUGGCCUUCUGUCCAUCUGUUGUAUGAUCUUCCUGGGAUUUGCGGAUGAUGUUCUUGAUCUCAGGUGGCGAGACAGGCUUCUUCUGCCAGCAAUGGCAUCUCUUCCCCUCCUCAUGGUCUACUGUGUCAAUAUUGGUGUUACAACAAUCAUUGUACCAAAACCCAUCAGAUUCAUUUUUGGCUUUGAUGUAGAUCUAGGUAAGGUUGUAUAGUUAUGCAGCACAGUUUUGAAUUAUGGCCUCCUAAGUCAGUUGGUUUAAUGCUUUUGUGGUUUCUGUGACCUGUGAGAGCUCAGUUAUUGUACAAAGCAUUAUGUAACUCAAGAAUAAAAAGAAAUGAAACUAUUUAAAAGAAUAAACACAUGCUUCCAUUUUAUUCUUCAGGAAUAUUAUACUAUGUUUAUAUGGGAAUGUUGGCAAUAUUCUGCACAAAUGCAAUCAAUAUCUUGGCUGGUAUCAAUGGUGUUGAGGCAGGACAGUCGCUCAUCAUUGCAGUCUCCAUUUUGAUGUUUAAUUUCAUUGAGCUCCAAGGAACUUGUUGUUGGCAGGCUCAUUUGUUCUCAGCAUAUUUCAUGAUGCCUUUCAUUGCCACAUGUUCAGCAUUACUUUAUCAUAACUGGUGAGUUGUUGUCUGAAUUAAGUGAAAACUGCUGAAUUAACCCUUUCACUCCCAUGAGUGUGCAAGACAGAAUUCCUGCUUAAUCCUCUAACUCCCAAAAUCUUAUUAGUAAUUCUACUCACUGUCUACCAUAGAAUUCUUAGGAUGUCAAUUUGGAGACUUUGGUAUUGGAUCAACUAAUGAUCCCCAAAUUAAUAUUUUUCUUUAUUCUCAUCACUUCUAUGCUUGAUAUUGAAUUAUAAAAUAAUUCAAAUAGUGUGUGUGCUCUGAUUGGCCAUAAAACCAUUUUACUGAGCUUAUGUAAACGUGGUUUUCGUUCAUCUUUCAUUAGUUAUUUUAUAAAAGAAAUGUAAAAUGGUUUCCGUGUUUACAUAGCCUGAUGUAAACACGCGGGAGGUUGGGAGAACAUUUGAUAGGCUGGAAACCACUCUGCUUCGCGUCGUGGUUUCCUACGCCUAUCUCAUGUUCUCCCAACCUCCCACGUGUUUACAUCAGGCUAUGUAAACACAGAAACCAUUUUACAUUUCUUCAUUGAUAUUAUAAGGAGAAAUUCUGUCUUGGUCACUCAUGGGAGUGAAAGGGUUAAAAUAUCAAUACAAUACCUAGCAUCAAUGAGAAUGAAGAAAAAUAGCAAUUAGGUGAUUAUUAGUUGACCCAAUAUCAUAUUCUCUGAAGUAAUAUAAUAAGAAUCGUAUAGCAGACAGUCAGGAGAAUUACUGGGAGAAUUUCACUUUCUGUCACCAUUACUGUCCAACUCCAAAAACCAUGAACACCUGAAUUAUAGACACUAUGUGUUACAUUGUAUUAUGACCAAUCCUAAUGGAGACCAAGGCAUGCAAAAUCACCUUCUAACCACAAACUAAUUGGCAAUACUCCACACAGGUCAGUUUUUCCACAUCUUAUUGGCUUCCUCUGUGACACCAGAAUUUGUCCCUUGUCCAUAGUCUUCUGAAUUUUACAUUACUGUAAUGCAUAUAUUGUAUUUUUUUUAAAUCAUUUUUCAUUUGACAUGUUAAGUGUUUUUAAGUUACAAGUUCAAGUCAUCCUUACCACCUUUCCCAGAAAUAAACUAGUAAAACUUUAAAUCAAGAAUAAAAGUGAACCACAACACAUCUUUCUUAUAUUUUUCCAAUAUUCCAUUUUAGGUACCCAUCCUCUGUAUUUGUUGGAGACACAUUUUGCUAUUUUGCGGGAAUGACAUUUGCAGUAGUUGGCAUUUUAGGACACUUCAGUAAAACAAUGUUGCUGUUCUUUAUUCCACAAGUUAUCAACUUUGUUUACUCAAUUCCUCAAUUGUUUCGUUUCAUACCAUGUCCAAGACAUCGACUACCAAGGUGAGUUUGGAAAUGUAACAAGUGGUGAGACUGCAGCUGAAUCCAGAUAAUAGAAUUUCAAGGGCUUUAAAACUCCUAAGAUCCAAUUAAUGACCCUCCCAAUUGACUGUUACAUGUUUACACUUAAAUAGGACAGGAGAACUCCAUUUUAAAUCAAGAAAACACUCUCCAAUUGACAAGCAUCUCAGUUCUCAUAGCUUCUUUGGAAGAUAAUGUAUUGGAAUGGUAAUGAGAAGUUAUAAGCUUAUCACCUCCGGGAAUAAGGAUUGACAUGGGUCAUGUGAAAUUCUAAUUAAGUUUAGCAAGUGAAAAGUUUAGCGUCUGAAAUGUGCCAAAGUUGAUGAUUAUAAAAUUUUACUUCAUUUACAUUGUAUCACUCAUUUAUUAUUGAUUAACUUUUUCCUUUUAUAGGUUUAACCCAGACACUGGUUUGCUAGGAAUGAGUUACAGUUUGUUUAAAAUGUCUGACCUUCAUCCGUUAGGGAAACUUAUAUUGUCAGUGUUCAGUCUUCUAAGAUUAGUUACAGUGGAGGAAGGUGUUGGUGAAGACAAAAAAUCUACACGUGUUAACAACUUGACACUUAUAAACUUUGUUAUCAAAGUGCUGGGACCCUUACAUGAAAGAACAUUGACAAUAAUUAUCAUGGGAAUACAGGUAAAAUUAUUAAUUAAAAACCUCUAUCAGUAUUUAUGAAGGACCACUUUACAGUCACAUAAUUUGCUCAAGGCCACGAAGUAUGAACCAAGGGCACUGAAGUCCAUACAUUAGGACUGAGAGCCGAAUAUUUGCUUGUUCCACUCAAGUUUACUCAGUCAGUAAACAUUUUCAUUACAAGCCUAACUCUCUUUCUCUGUCUUUUUUUUUGGUUUAGUUCCCUUCUUGUAGAGCCAUGUGGCUCUUUCCACCCUGCUUGCUUCAAGGUUAAGCCCCAUUUGUGCCUGCCAGUCAUUUUCUUUAACAAGUUUCUAUUGUUAUUUUUUUCUAUGUUGCUGUACAAUUAUCACAAAGGGAUAUCUUAUCAUAAGUCCUCUUCAAAUUUUAGCAAAUAGUCUUAGAACAAGAAAACAUGUUGAGGACACUUCUUGGGGGAACAUUUAUGGGUUUGAACAACCAGACAGAAACUUGGCAACUUUUCCUGAGUUCUUUUUCAUGUUUUUUUUUUCCUGUUUUCUUUUUGAGCAAUUGUGCCUGACCUCGUUGAUGUAAAAUACAAGGAUUACCCUCAGAUUUAUUAAAUUUGCAAUAGAGAACAAUUUUCCAAGCCUUAACGUUUUGUGAAACAAGUUAGGUAUAUUGUGUUUCCUUCAUGGGUAACGAUCAAUCAGAAACAUUUUUGCACAUGUAUAUGGUGCAUGUAGAUUAUAAACCUCAGUGAUGUAAUUAACAUUACAAAUAUAUAGAGAUCUAUGCAGCCAGCUAAUUUUGAGUUCUUUUCUUUGCAGAUUUGUGGAAGUGUUAUUGCCUUUAUUAUUCGUUACCACCUUGUGAGGUUUUUUUAUGACAUUGAGCAGCAUUGAACUUAUCUUUGAUUUUAGUGUUAUUAACCCUUUAACUCCCUUGAAUGACCAAGAGAGAAUUUCUCCUUACAAUAUAAGUACAAUAUCAAGCAGACAAGAAAUGAGAAUAAAGAGUAGCAUCAAUAGGGGAUUAUUAGUAAAUUCAUUACCAAAUUUUCCAAUUAACAUCACAAGAACUACAUGGCAGACAGCAAUGAGAAUUACUAAUGAGAUCUUGGGAGUGAAAGGGUUGAUAAUCAAUUCAUAAAAACAAUGGAAUAGUCAUUUGUUAUGCUUGAAAAUUAAAAGGAAGAAUGCCGAUCUGUAUGCAGAUUUAAAAAGCUUUUUUAUAGUCAUUUCUGUAAAAAUUUUGUACAUUAACAUGAUAAUUGCAUGUGACAAUUAGACACAGAAUUAUUUGUAAAGAUUAAAAAGCUCAUGAUGUCACCAAAUUGUUUGAUGCUCCUAUGGAAUAAACCCUUAUUUUAACCCUCAAGAGUGACUAACAUUUAAUUUCUCCUUUUGGUUUCUCC